CUUCCAUAAUAAAAUUUAUACUAUGCAGUAUAAAAAAUAUAAAAACAUAUUAUUAUAUAUAUCACAGAUAAACACAAAGGCUCUUACUCUGUCUCUCCAUUUCGCUGAGUAAACCCUUUGUUGACGUCGUGGUUUCAGGGAUCAAUAAAAAUGGUGUUGCCGGACAAUGAGAUUGAUCAAAGUGAUGAUGAUCACUCCUAUGAGUUUAUUGACUCAGAUGAUUUACAUACGGACAAAAGUGAUCAUAGUGAGAGUUCCUUCGAAUUUAUUGGUUCUGAAGAAAUGAACUCCUUGAAAGAUAUUGAGGAACCAAAUUUUGCUGGAAUUACAUGUGAGGGAAAUGCAUCUGAUAUUCUAGAUUCAGAGACUGCUGAUGCUUCCAACAAUGAUGAAGAGCAGUUAGACGACAUGGAUAGGUUCUCAUAUAAAUCAACCGACUCUGAGCUCAAUUUUUCUGAUGAAUGCACAUAUAUGGAGGUUGCAUCACCCAUCAGUGAUCUGGAUGAUAAGCUUCGAAGGUUCAAGCGUAGAGCUCUUACAUAUGAGAUAACUGAUAUCAGUGGAGUCUUUACGGUGCCCACAAAUUUGAUGCUGCGAGGGAAUAUUGAAAUUAAAGAUAUAGCUAAGGAAUUUAUUCUCCCAUUCCUUCCUGCGAAAGCCCUUGUGAGAUUCAAGGCCGUUUCCAAAGAAUGGGACAACAGAAUAUCACAUCCAUUCCUAGCCCAUCUGCAAAGCUACUGCUUUGAAGAGAUGUCUGGGUUCUUCUGUCAGAAUGGUUUCCAACAUUUCUUUGUGACCCUUGAUCAGGCCGCGUAUGGGAUUCCAAAUUCAACUUUGUCAUUUCUUCCUUCGAAUUUUAAGAUCAAAAGUUCCUGCAAGGGGUUGCUACUCUGUCAAAGAGUCCCUGAUGAAGACGAAGAGAAUGAAUACUGCGUGUGUAAUCCUGCUACCAGGGAAUUCCAUGUGCUUCCUCAGUCUACUUACUAUCAUGGUCCAGAACCAAAUUUGAUACUUGCAUUCGAGCCGUCUUCGAUGAACUUUGGGGAAAAUUACAAGGUGAUAUGUGCCUUUGACAUGCAUGAUGGUUUUAAGAUGCUUUGCUUUGACAUUUACAACUCAGAGACAAAGUCUUGGACCUGCUGCUCCGAUCUUGUCUGCCCUGAGUUUGAGGUAGCCAGUUUGGAAGAUAAUGGUCUAUACAGGAAUGGAGUGGCAUAUUGGGCUACCACAUUAGGCUAUCUUCUUGCUUUGGAUAUCAAGAACAGUUUCUAUCAAGUUCAGCCUAUAUGUUCAGAAAGGUUGAAAGCUGAAGGUAUCUUAACAUUGCUAGAUGGGGAGCUAUCUUACAUUCAGGCCUAUGUUGAGCCUUCUUACCUUGAGAGUGGUACUUGCUGUGAUGACACAGAUGAUGUGAAAAAUACAUGCAUAAUCGAGAUAUUUGGGGGUGUUACUAUGCGCUUAAGACGUCGUGUUACUGUUAAACUCGAUAUGAAGAUUUAUGAUACCCAGUCCUUCAAGGUGUUGUUUGCUCCUAAGAGGGAUUUCUUUAUUUUCAACAUUGAAAAUGUCCUAUAUUCCUGUAAUGUUGAGGAAAAAAAAUUUGAAGUGAUCAGAAGCAGAAGCAGAGGAAUCAGCUCGAGCACGACAUACACUCCGUAUGUGAACAGCCUUGUGUCUCUGGCGUGAGCAGCCCCGUAUCUUUGUCAGCCAGCGUUUCUGUAAUCGUUAAUCAUGUCAUAGUGCCUGUUAGUUUUCGUUGUUGCAAACAUCUGGACAUCUAGUUUGUCUAAAAACACCCAUGCAUAGGAUGCUGUUUCCUAAUAUUUCAGUCUCAGUAUUACCAUCUGAUGUGGAUUCCCGUUUUGGUUGAAUGAACAUCUGUUGACAUUGUGUUCUUAUC